AUGACACCAAAUACAUUCCUCCUUGCUGCGGACAACAGUCCUGCAUUGCUUUCGCUUCUCCGUGAAAAUCCAACCCUAGCAGCUGCGCAAGAUGAGCACGGUUAUUCUCUCGUUCACGCAGCAGCCAGUUACAAUCACCUCGAUUUGCUACGAGCUUUGGUUCUCGAAUUUCAUGUCGAUGUUGAUGUGAAAGAUGAGGAUAAUGAAACAGCACUUUUCGUUGUCGAAACACUGGAAGCCGCAAAGGUUCUAGUGGAAGAAUUGGGGGUUGAUACCCGUCACAAAGGAGCUGAUGGCUUGACAGCUAGGGAGAAGAUUGAAUUGGAGGGAGAAUUUCCUACGAUAGCCGCAUAUCUGGCGAGCAUCGACAUCAACCAGCCGAGAAAACAAGUAGAAGCUACUGCCAAGGACUUUGUGGCAGAGGCCAACCGACCUCCACCGCGAGGAAUGAAACUCGUUGUCAGCACGAUGGAUGCAGAGGAGCAGGUCCCUUCCGAUAUCGACCCAGGCUUCCGUCGUCGCAUGGAAGAGUUGGCACAGCGAGAUGAUUUUUCUGCCCCGUCUGGACAGGCUGAUUUGCGGAAACUAGUGGAGGAUGCCAUUUCAGAUCGAUAUCUAGCGAUAGACAGAAAUGUGAGACCAAGGCAGACUCAGUAA